CGCGCUCCGGGAAAUAUAGCCAGCAUCCCUCCCGUCUCCGCUCUCACUCCCAGCCCAGCCCGCAGACUAGGCAACCACGACACAAUAAUUAGGCGAAAGGUAAGCGGCGUGUUCACAUAAAGAAGUGGAUCAUUGUUUUUUUCAGAGGUCUGCCUUGCUCCUUGCAGAUAUAAUGUUGGUCAAAUUGGCAAUAGCGCUGUUGGUUUUGUCAGUUUUUGAGCAAGUAGUGGAGACGGAUAAUAUGGACAUUCAUGACAACCCGCCAGAAAAACCGGCAAGCCAGAAAGGACGUCUUUCUCUACAGAACACAGCUGAGAUCCAGCACUGUUUAGUGAACGCGGGGGAUGUUGGCUGUGGUGUGUUUGAGUGCUUUGAGAACAACUCAUGUGAGAUCCGAGGACUGCAAGAGAUCUGCAUGACCUUCCUCCACAAUGCUGGCAAAUUCGACUCCCAGGGGAAGUCUUUCAUCAAGGACGCCCUGAAGUGCAUGGCCCACGGCCUGCGCCACAAGUUCAGCUGCAUCAGCCGCAAGUGCCUGGCCAUCAAGGAGAUGGUGUUCCAGCUGCAGAAGGAGUGCUACAUCAAACACAACCUCUGCUCCGCCGCCAAGGACAACGUCAACGUCAUGGUGGACAUGAUCCACUUCCAGGACCUCUUUCCCAAAGGUCCGUGUGAGCUGGUGAACAUUCUGCUGAGCUGUGGCGAGGAGGUCAAGGAGGCGCUGACGCGGAGCGUCCGGCUGCAGUGCGAGCAGAACUGGGGGGCGCUGUGCGACAGCCUGAGCCUCUGCACCUCCCUCGCCUCGCCCCCCAGCCCCCCUCCCCCCUCCCUGGACCAGCGGCGCCCCGCCCCCUCGCACCCCGAGCCCGAGAACUCCCGCCCGCCGCGGCAGGGAGAGAAGGACAAGCCCGUCAAGGGGGUCUUCAACGGACACGCCCGCUCCCGCGCUCAGAGCCCCCGACGCCAGGUCCCCGACGUGGGGUUGGUGUCCGAGCAGGAGGACCCCGAGGCGACGGACAUCCGGAGGUGAAAGAGCGGGAAAACAUGCCCUCCCCCCCCCCCACACAACCUCCUCCCUCGACCACCCCGCCUCACAACCCCCAAUCACUAUGACCACCAGACACGCUCAUGCACACAGAGCAACAUACUCUCACACACACACAGACUGAGCAGAAAGAGAAACAGAGCCCACCUUUCCUGUCCUGAAGCCUCACCUCUGUCGUCAUUCCAGCAGUCCCAAAUGCUAAACUUGCAGGGUAAAUGGGUAAAUGUGGUGUAGCUUGUGUUGUUACUCCAGAUUGUAGGCCAAGUUUUGUGUUGUUUUACUAUGUCUAUCGUUGAAUAAUAUUCUUAUCGUUGUUAUUUCAAGUGUUAGAUUUAUUUUGGCUCUAAUAUAGCAUUUCUCAAAUCGGACAUAUGGUAAGAUUUGAUUAUAUUUGUAUUAUUUAUUUCAUUCUUUAUGCAAUGUUAAAAUAUCAAAAUGUACAUAGAAAUAUACCUAUCUAUAUUUAUUAUGAACAUGUAUAAAUAUAGUCGCCAUAUGCAAUGCUGAUAUACUGUCGAUUAUAUGGUGCGCUAUCUUCUUGUAUUCUUCACAGUAUUGAACCCAUCACCCGUCUGUAUGUAGAUAUGUAACAUACAUCAUUUGUUUGUUUUUUCAACGUGAGAAUGUGUAAGAUCAUUCUAGAUACUUGAUGAUUAGAUACAAACUGUACAGGUUUGAAGUCCAGUCCUGGCACAUACAUUGACAAAUGCUCCGGUACGUUCUCUGUGGGUCUCUGCUUGCCUGUGCUUUUAACCCGUAGAGGCAGAGAAGACACUGUCUGGAGCAACACUAGGUUAGGUCUCGGUUUUAGUCUUCGUCUUCGACUCCCCCAUCUUUUCUCAAAUGUGAAAUGACAUGCAUCAAUGUGCCUAAACUUUGCUUGUUCUUAAGUUUACGGUUUACUGUGCAUUUGACUGGAGAUAAUGGUUGUAUCAUAGUGGUGAAUACGGAAAGAAAAUCAUAAAACUGUCUCCAAUGAAGUGUCCUUCAAACCUGGGGGUGUGGAGAAUCUCAGUUGGGGUGGGUGUUUUGGUUCGAUAUCAACACUUUGUCCAUUGUAACAUGUUCACAUUGUAACAGAGCUUGUUAUCGAUGUGCUAUAUCUCCGGGCUCUGUAUAAAGCAGCUUUGACGAAGCUCUCCCCACACUGUGUCACGGUCACUGAGGUGAGGGCAGAGAGAAGCACCACCCUGGUCUCACUAGCUGCAGCGCAGUGGCCCUUUGAAAAAGAAAACAUGUCCAGUUGUUUUAAUUACCCUUUAGUCACUGGAACCCUGUAGCCUGACCAGAGAGGGGGGCAUGAACACCCCCCUCCCCCCUUCUCCAGAGCUGAGUUGUGUCCAUGUGCGGCGGGGCUCCGCCACUGUUAAACUCAAUGUUAGAUUUACCAAGGCCACUCGAGAAUUCCUCUGGCUUUGUCCAAUAGCCAAGGGAAUGCAGAGGACGAGAGAGAGAGAGAGAGAGAGA